AUGUCAUCGCUUCUCGUGCGCCUUGGGCUAUCGCGGGCUGGACCCUGGGAACCGCCCAGCGUGCUGGACCGACUGCUGGCGUCGCCGGUGCGCGCAGUCGCCUAUUUUCUGUGGCGAGCAAUGACAGCAAUGCAGAGUUGGAUGAGAACGAGAACGAGAACAAGAAAGACAGAAACGAACUCGAGCUCGACAUCAGCCCCCCUUCGUGUCGUCUGCAUCGCCGACACGCACGACCUCUUUCCGGCUCAUGUGCCUCCCGGCGACCUGCUCAUCCACGCCGGUGACCUCACCAACAGCGGCUCGCCGGCCGAUCUGCAGCUCAUGCUCGACUGGCUCACCGCCCAGCCACAUCGCCACAAGGUUGUCGUCGCCGGCAACCAUGACGCUUGGAUGGAUCCGGUCGCUCGUGUGGCUGCUGGGCUCACGUCGCCUUUGCCGCCCGAUCCCGUCUUCGCCACCAACGUCCACUACCUCCAACACCGCUCUGUCGUCCUCGAUUUUGCUGCCGGCCGCCGGCUCACCGUCUUUGGCGCCCCCGACAUUCCCGUCUGCGGACCGGCCUCGUUUGCCUUCCAGUACGAUCCGGACACCCCUCCCUGGAAGGAUGCCAUCCCCGCCGACAUUGACAUCCUCGUUACUCAUGCCCCCCCUCGCCAUCACUGCGAUCUCGAGCUCGGCUGCCCCGGCCUCCUCCGUGAGCUCUGGCGCGUCCGCCCUGCUCUGCACGUGUUUGGUCACGUGCACUGGGGAGCCGGCCGUGAAGUCCUUCACUGGGACGCCAGCCAGCAGGCCUACGAAUCGCUCAUGGGCGAGGCUUCGCCAUCGUCGUGGCUGGCCUGUCUGCGCCUGCUGCUUUCCGGCGUCCUGUCAUCGGCUGCUGCUCUAGCCUGGCCGUCUAUGACGAUAGACUGCCCAACAACCGUGCUGAUCAACGCUGCUCAGAUGUAUGGCGACACCGGCCGUCUGCGCAACGAUGUGCAGGUCAUUGAUCUGUGA